AAAAGAGCAAAUUGAAUAGAAAACAAACUAAGUAUGGAUGGUUAUUACAGUUGGGAUCAUAAUGCAAGUAGUGAAUCUAAUAGAGACGAAGAAGAGGAGAAGCAGUGUAGCCAUGCCAUGGAACUGGCUUUCUCGUCACUGUUGCCAUUGGUGAUGAAGGCAGCGGUGGAGCUACGAGUGCUGGAUAUAAUAGCGAAGGCAGGCCCCGGAGUCCAGCUCUCCCCAUCUCAGAUUGUGUCUCAGCUUCCGGCUAAUACCCUCGUUUGCAACCCCGAUGCAGCAGAAAUGCUGGAUCGAAUGCUACGAUUCCUGGCCAGCCACUGCAUUCUCACUUGCACGGCCGUCGACCUCCCUUCCGACUCCCCUGCACUAGUAGGGGAUAUGAGAUUGUAUGGGCUAGCUCCGGUGGCCAAGUACUUUGUUUCUAACCAGGACGGAGUCUCGUUAGCACCACUUUUGUGCCUGAUCCAGGACAAGGUCUUCAACGAUAGCUGGUACGAGUUAAAAGGGGCAGUUUUGGAAGGAGGGAUCCCAUUUGAGAGAGUUCACGGGACAAAUGCAUUUGAGUACCCAGGGAAGGAUCCCAGGUUCAAUGAGGUAUUCAACAAGGCCAUGAUCAACCAAACCACAAUGGUCCUCAAUAAAAUCUUGCACUCUUCCUACAAGGGUUUCGAGCAACUACAAACGCUUGUUGAUGUCGGCGGCGGUCUCGGUGUCACCCUCGACUUGAUCACCUCCAAAUACCCUCGUAUCAAGGGUAUUAAUUUUGACCUUCCCCAUGUUAUCCGACACGCCCCGCCCUAUCUCGGAGUGGAACAUGUAGGAGGAGAUAUGUUUGAAAGUGUUCCAAAAGGAGAUGCCAUUUUCAUGAAGUGGAUACUUCAUGAUUGGAGUGAUGAUCACUGCGUGAAGUUACUGAAGAACUGUCAUAAAGCUCUACCGGACAACGGAAAGAUAAUUGUGGUGGAGGGAAUUCUUCCGGUGAUGCCAGAUAGCAGCUCUACGACGAAGGUCAUUUUCCAACUCGAUCUACAAAUGAUGACUCAACACUCUGGAGGAAAGGAGCGGACGCAACAAGAGUUUCUUGCACUGGCAACCGGAGCUGGGUUUUCUGGCAUCAGAUUGGAAUGCAUUGUCAGCAACAUGUGGGUCAUGGAAUUUUACAAGUAGCGUCCGCGUUUGGCAUAGAACUGAUCAAGCAAA